CAGAUCGGUAAGAAGAGCGAUGGGCGUGAGAAAGAGGCCGCUCACAAUCAACACAGAGAGGGAGAUGGGGCCCAGAGGAGGGGUUGACGGCGACAUAACGGAGGAGGAGGGACAGCCGUUAAGUCCAGCAGGGAGAUUGUUUCAUCAGCCCCACUUCAACUGCCACAUAAUAUCGAUAAUGGGGUCGGGGAAAACGAUCGACGUUGACGCCGUCAAGGCCGGGCUGGAGCGGACCAUGAUCCGUCACCCCCGCUUCUCUAGCAUCCUGGUUUUAGACAAGCACAGAAGCAAGAAAUCAAGAUGGAUCAGAACAAAAGUAGUCGUAGACGAUCACAUCGUAAUCCCAAGCCUGAACAUUUCAUCAGAAAGAACUCCAGACCAAAUUGUUGAAGACUACAUAUCAUCCCUCUCUACAAGUUCCCUCCCCUUAACCCGCCCUUUAUGGGACCUCCACAUCAUCAACAUUCCCACCUCAAAAUCCGAAGCCGUAUCUAUUCUUCGAAUGCAUCACUCUCUUGGUGAUGGUAUCUCUCUAAUGUCGCUGUUACUUGCUGGUACUCGAAAAAUAUCUGAUCCUGAUUCAGCUCCAUCACUUCCUCUGUCGAGAUCAAGAAAGGCAAAAUCUUUUGAUCGUGGUGGUAUGUUAUGGCGGCUGAUGGUGUGGAUUUGGUUGGUUUUGGCGCAUUUUUGGAAUACAGUGAUUGAUGCAGUGAUGUUAGGAGCUAGUUGUGUGUUUUUGAGGGAUACUGAAACACCGAUAAAGGGGGUGGAGGGAUUUGAGUUUCGUCGGAAGCGGUUCGUUAGUACAACGUUGAGCCUGGAGGAUGCCGAGGUUGUUAAGAAUGCUUUUGGAUGUACCAUAAAUGACGUUAUGCUGGGAAUAACAUCGGCUGGGCUUUCUCGUUAUCUCAGUACGAGAUACAAUGAUACUUCCAAUGAGAAAAAGAAUGCGGGGAGCCUCCCAGCAAAUAUCAGACUCAGAACAACUCUCAUGGUGAACAUUAGGGCGCCAGCAGGGAUCGAUGAAAUGACCAAAAUGAUUGAAGGUGAUAAUAGCUGCACAACGUGGGGGAAUUGGCUGGGCUACAUGAUUGUUCCAAUCCCCAUUAUGAUUUGCAAAGACCCCCUGGAUUAUAUCCGAAAGGGAAUAGAGAUUGCCCAAAGGAAGAGGACAUCAUUGGAGGCAAUUUUCACUUACAUAACUGGUUGUCUAAUAAUCAAAAUUUUGGGAAUCAAGGCAGCAGCAGCACUUUGUUACAGAGUUUUCCGUCACACAACGGUUUUACUGUCCAACAUCGCGGGACCCGUUGACGAAAUAGGGUUUUGUGGCCACCCACUCGUGUAUCUUGCUGCUAGCGUCUACGGACACCCACAAGCCAUUACACUUCACUUCCAAAGUUACAUGAACAAGAUGGAGAUGGUUCUCGCGGUUGAUGAACUGACUGUUCCUGAUCCUCACCAACUCCUACAAGACCUUGCUGAAUCUCUCAAGCUUAUUAAAGAUGCGGUUGUAGAAAGAUCAUCUUAAGGUGAAAAAUACUUGCCACUUUGGUAUUAUUUUUACCUAUACAUACCCCUCUCUCUCUCUCUCUCUCUCUCUCUCUAUAUAUAUAUAUAUAUAUAUAUGCAUUAAGAAUUUUCAGAAUUUUAAAAUGAUGAUGUUGAUGUCAUUGUAAUUUAUGGCACUUCAAGAUACUUGAAUAAAAAAGAAGAGAGAUGCAUACAAGGCAGUUUAAUGAUUGCUGACUUGUUCGCUGUUUUAAAAAGUUA